AUGUUUUAUUACAUUUUCGGUUAUUUAGCAGUCACAUUUGGCUAUAUUGUAGUGUACUAUUUAUACUCUUGGCCGGACAGACGCUGGAUCACAUCAUAGUAGAAAGUUUAAAACCAUUUUCAAUGGGUUGAGUCGGAAAGACUCAGAUGUAUGGUGGUUUUUGUUUAUUUUUAUGUUUGUCAAGCUUGGCUACGUACAUUUAUAUAAGAUAUUAUGGGUCCACUUUACUUUUCACAUAUAUUUUUCAAUAUCCAAAGAUUCGGUUCAUUAGCUCCAUAUAUUUUUGUUAUUUUCUAUGAUAUCUUUAAUCAAUUGCUAGAGUUUUCAAAAUCGCUUAUAAUAUUAGCAGGAUUUUACCACUUCUGCAAGGUAGAAUCAAUAAGGUGCACAAAGACCAGUAGCAAUAGUGAUUAAACCUUAAAUUAGAUCAAUCCAUUAAAUAAUUCAGCCUUUCAAAAAGAUGAAGAAAGUUCAAGUCUUAUUUAGAGGUAGGCAAGUGUGUUUGAGAGAGAACAAAGUACAAUUAGAUAAACUGCAUGA